UAGAAACGAAAGCAAGUAAGCGUAACCACUGACGACUAGAUCUAAGUGACGGUCCAUAAAAAGUGAAUAAGGCAAAUUCAACUUGUGGCUCGAAGGAUCUCUAUUGUUUAUUCGAUUUUAAAGAACUUAAGAAUGGCAGCAAUCGUUGUGGAGCAGGUUAGACCUGCAACAGCGACCCUUGCCAGUCGAGAAAUACCUCCCGAACCACCUGCUCCAGUUGUAAACCCGAAUCCUAACAUGGAAAUUACUUACGCAGGAAAUACGGGAAACGACAUGGGUAUUUAUACUAUGGGCUUUCGAUCAGCUAAGUAUAAUCCAUCUGAAUGGCAUGAAUCAAACUAUGCCAAAUACUACCAAUCUUUUGUUGAUCGAGAUAAUGCAGAGAGAGUGAUUCACGAAUCAAAACGUACUGCCAAGGAGGCUAUUGAAACAACAAACAAAACACAAGCUGAAGCAACCAAAAAACUAGCCGAGAGUGCUAAAAAUAUUGAGUUUUGGAAAUAUGAGCUCAACCGGGAAAUAUCAGAUGUAAUUGAUGAGACUGAUCUACUGUUGGCUCAAAAGAAACGCCUUGAGAAUGCCCUUAGAGCAACUGAAAUUCCUCUCCACAUAGCAACAGACAACUUAAACUGUCGCCAGAGACGUCUGGGGGUUGAUCUUGUUCAAGAUGAUGUUGAAAUAUCCUUGCUCAAGGAAGUUGAAAUCAUUAACAAUGUGCAAGAUCUGCUGAAGAACACAAUAAAUCAGUGUGAAAAACAAAUUAGGCUCAAUCGUGAUGCUAAGCAAAACCUAGAAAUGGAUUGGAGCGACAAAAAAGAGGCUUUAGAAAUAGAAACAAAAAGUGGAUCUCUUCGCAAUCAUCACACAAAUAAACAAUUUCAUGAUGGUGCUGCCAAGUUUGAAGAAAUCCAGUCUACACCAGAGUCCUGGGCUCAGUUUACUCAUGACAACAUUGCCAGAGCCGAGCAUGAGAGGAUGGCGAGCAUCCAGCUACGUACAUUAGUAGAUAAUGUUCUGGAUGACACUACUCGUGACAUGCGAGAGCAAGCUGAUCAAGUGGAUGUCAACUUUACUAAGAGGAUAACAGAAAUGGAAGAUGCCAAGACAAAGCUAGAAGAAAACCUUGUUAAAGUAGUGAAGCAGGUGAAAGAUCAAGAGAAGAAUAUUGAAGACUUACAAAAGGAGAUUAGAGAUAAAGAAGAUCCUCUAAAGGUUGCUCAGACACGCCUGUAUAACAGAACAUUUAGACCUGGAGUAGAGCUCUGUCGAGAUCCAGCUCAAUAUCACCUGGUUGGAGAAGUGAAUGAAAUCAACCAGUCUAUUGACGCCCUCAAACAAAAGUUGAAUGAUGCACAAAACUCUCUCAAAGAUUUGCAGGACAACAGAAUGGCUUUGGAAAAAGAAAUAGCCAUUAAAAAGAACAGCAUUUUUAUUGACCGGGAUAAAUGUCUGACUGUACGAAACCGCUUUCCCUCACGCACUAAGCUUCAGGGUUACCAGUAAAAACACUUUCUCUUCGUAAAGCCUUAUACCUUUAUAAUGUUUUAUAAUUAAGAAAAGAUUCUUAAAAGCCAUUAUAGUUAUUUUGCCAUUUAAAGCAUUUUUUUUUUCUCAAACCAAAAUUAUAUUUUUUUCAAAUGGCUGAGAAGGAUUUAAAACAUCACUGGCAAGCUUAUACUUGUUAGAAAAUAUUUUUUUUUAAAAGUUACAUCACAUUUUUAAAGUCAAUUAUAUAUACCAGUAUUUUUUUUUAAAUGAACUGUAAAGUAGGCACCAUGGAUUUAUUCAUUGUCAAGGUGCUAUGCAUUGUAAAUUAACAGAAUGUUCAAAUAAAAUUUUCAGUACAUUUUUAAAUUAUGAAAUAUUAUCUCAACAAAUUAUAUUAAUGGCCAAUUGAAAGUACCAUUAAAUGUAGCACUCCUAUUUAUGUUGAAAAUGCUGUCACUUGUAAACAUCUAUGACCUUUUCUCUGCUAUAAUUGUGAUGUAUUUAUUAUAUUUUCAUUUGAUAGAAAAUUUAUUUUAUUCUGUCCUUUUGUUGCUGCUUUGUAUAUAGUCAUUCAAUAUAAAUUGUUGAAUUCUCUCAGUAUUAUAUCUGUUCAGAUUAGUUGUUUUUCUUACAAUUUUUUUUUUCUGUUUUGGUCACUUGUCAGCAAUUUUGUUUUUAACUGAAAAGAAACCACAUGGCCACUUACACUUUUGUGAACUUAAAAAUGUCAACCAAUGCUUUGAGUACAAUAUAACUAUUGAAGAACCAUCA